GAGCCAUCAGCCAUCCUUAGCAUAGGGGCGCACUCAUACACGCAUUCCUGUCAAGUCAUCUUGUGAAAGGCUGCUUGCUUCCAGCUUGGCUUGAAUGUGCAACCUUAAUAAAACUCACUGAAGUCUGAGAGAAAAUAGCAGUUCUGCUGCAGAUAGUGUAGGGGAAAGAGACUGGGAUAUGCAUAUGCAGCUGACUAAAGCAGGCUACAUGCUGGACUGUAACAGAGAGGAAACAAUAAAUCUUAACUACUAUGCAAUAAAUAUUCCCAAUUUUAACUAAGGAAACUAUUCUCAUAGUGAAAUUUUUGAAAAAAGAAACAACUAUUUAUCCAAGCUUGAUUAUUAAAGUGUGCUUCUCCACUCCAUUUUCCAGAGACUUUAAGGGAAAUUAAGAAAAAAAAAUAAAGAAAGGAAGAAAAAGUUUUUCUAAGAGUAGGAAAGGAAAGUAGUAGUAACAUGUCAGUUUUCCUUUCCUUUGCUUUCCUGGCAGCACUUCUUGCUCACAUAGGCUGCAAUACUCAGCGUCGUGGUCCAGAAGCCAGUGGGAGAAGAUUUAACCGGAUUCAGCAUGGGCAGUGCACCUAUACUUUCAUUCUGCCAGAACAGGACGGGAACUGUCGUGAAAGCACGACAGACCAGUACAACACAAAUGCUCUUCAGAGAGAUGCUCCUCACGUGGAACAGGAUUUCUCUUCCCAGAAACUGCAGCAUCUGGAACAUGUGAUGGAAAAUUAUACACAGUGGCUGCAAAAACUUGAGAACUACAUUGUGGAAAACAUGAAAUCGGAGAUGGUGCAGCUGCAGCAGAAUGCUGUGCAGAACCACACCGCCACCAUGCUCGAGAUAGGGACCAGCCUCCUAAGCCAGACAGCAGAGCAGACAAGAAAACUCACGGAUGUUGAAACCCAGGUGCUAAAUCAAACAUCCAGACUUGAAAUUCAGCUACUAGAAAAUUCACUGUCAACAUACAAGCUAGAAAAACAGCUGCUACAACAGACGCAUGAAAUUCUGAAAAUUCAUGAGAAGAACAGUUUACUUGAGCACAAAAUUUUAGAAAUGGAGGAAAGGCAUAAAGAGGAGCUGGAUACUUUGAAGGAGGAAAAAGAGAAUCUACAAAAUCUGGUCACUCGUCAAAGCUACAUAAUCCAGGAACUAGAGAAACAGUUGAACAAGGCAACAACCAAUAACAGUGUCCUGCAGAAGCAGCAGCUUGAAUUGAUGGAUACAGUUCAUACGCUAAUCACCCUCUGUUCCAAGGAAGGAGUUUUACUUAAGAAUGCAAAAAAGGAGGAAGAAAAGCCUUUCAGAGACUGUGCAGAUGUAUACCAAUCUGGUUUUAACAAAAGCGGGGUCUACACUAUUUACAUUAACAAUGUGUCAGAUCCUAAAAAGGUCUUUUGCAAUAUGGAAAUAGCUGGAGGAGGAUGGACAGUUAUACAGCACCGAGAAGACGGGAGUUUGGAUUUCCAAAAAGGCUGGAAAGAAUACAAAAUGGGUUUUGGUAGCCCAUCAGGUGAACAUUGGCUGGGGAAUGAAUUUAUCUUUGCAAUAACAAGUCAGAGGCAAUAUUCUCUAAGAAUUGAAUUAAUGGACUGGGAAGGAAACCGGGCAUAUUCACAGUAUGACAGAUUUCACAUAGGAAAUGAAAAGCAGAAUUACAGGCUUUAUUUAAAAGGUCACAGUGGAACAGCUGGAAAACAGAGUAGCCUGAUACUACAUGGUGCUGAAUUCAGUACAAAAGAUGCUGACAAUGACAACUGCAUGUGUAAAUGUGCUCUCAUGUUAACUGGAGGCUGGUGGUUUGACGCCUGUGGCCCCUCCAAUCUCAAUGGGAUGUUCUAUACGGCUGGGCAAAACCAUGGAAAGCUCAAUGGCAUCAAGUGGCACUACUUCAAAGGCCCCAGCUAUUCUUUGCGCUCCACCACCAUGAUGAUUCGACCCUUGGACUUUUAAAGGCAUUCAGUGGUGGAUCCAAGAAAAAAAUCAGAAUGCCACUGCUCUUGACAGCACUGCUAUCACAGUCUGAAGGUAAAAGGUGAAGGGCUUCUUGGAAGCAACAUGUAGGGAUGAUGCAAAGUCACUUCAUUAUCACUUCAUAGCCUGCAAAAACUCCCCACCAGUCACCCCACGUCUUGAUGACAUGGGGAGGCUUGGUUUCGAAGAAGUUGGCUGCAACAAUUUUCCAGAGAGGAACAACUGGAUCCAGUUAUUCUAACCAAAUCUGGUGUUUGUCAGUGGACUUUUUUUUAUUAUUUUUUAUUAUUUUUUUAUUAAAAAAAUGGAAAAUAUACCAGAUUAUUCAACAACAGCAUCAGAAUUCAAAUAUAUGAAACAUAUCAUCCAUGGUCCAUUGAGGAAAAGUUUUUCAGCAGUGAAAUGCCAUCAUUAUACACAUGAAAAAAGGAUUAUAAAGACAGCUUUUUUAAAACUCAUUUUAAAGCACUGAAGAUGACCACUCCAAAUACUGUCUUUCUUAAAUGAACUGAAUUUGAAUGGGCGGAUGGAUUUAUGUUAAUCCCAGAGUUAAAUAAUUUGUGCUAAUAAUUAUUUUUUAUUAAAUAUUCGAAGGACAUAUUUCUCAUAAAUAAACUGAGUCAAAUUAUGAAGAAUGAUAAGGGUAAGAAACAUAAAUUCUUCAGUUGCUCUGUAGAGGUAAAUGAGGUAAUUGGCAUAAUCCCUGAGCUAGGAUUUAUAGCGUGAUAACAAACUUAGAUGUAUUUUGAGCUUUUUCCUUUCUUUCAUUAAAGGCAGUCUGAAUGUCACAUAGAAAAUUUGAUAAAAGGUUUAAAGAAUGUGAAAUAUUAUCCUAAAGAAAAUAUGGGAUUUUGCAUGGAAUAUUUUCAUCAAAAAGAACACAGAAAGGCAAACUGUUAGGGUAUAGCAUAGCUUAAAUCAAUGAAUUCAUUUUACAGCAUCAUUGCAUGUACGCAAUUUAUCAUUCAUUAUUUUACUUUUUAUUAAAUUUUUGUUUCUUCACUGUAUUAUUACAUUUUUGUGAAUAUCAGAAGCAUGCCAGUUGUACACAGUGCUUAGGCUACAACUAUAAAAAAUACUCAGCAGAACUGUAUAGAAAAUAAAGAAUUGUGAACUGUAAAUAGUAUGUUUAUAUUUCCUGUAAUGGUUGUUUAAUUUGUACAUGCAGCCCUGACCCUACUCAAAGGGUGCUAAGCCACAAAAUGGUAUAAAUAUUAAAAGAACUUUAGAAGACUGCUUACAGGUUUCCACUGUCAUAACAAAUAAUUCUGAUAUAUUCAAAUGUUGCAGAAAUGUGUGGCAAGAUGCACAAUGUGGCUGUUGGUAAGGAUGAAGUUCCUAUCAAAACAAGCAACAAAGUAGUUGGGUGGCCCAUGAAGUGAAGUUAUAGAGAGAACUCUUUUUCAAUUACAGUCCCUCAUGGUUUAAUCGUAUUAAUAAAGUACAUUUAGGAAAGUAUCUAGCCCUCAUUCUACUUCUGCUAUACAUAAAAGGAAAAGCCUCACCCUGCUCCCACUGAAAUCAAAAGUAACAUUGUCAUUGAUUAAACUGGGACAAAGAUCACAUGUAUAAUCUGAAUGUGGUAAGUUUGUUGUUUGUCUGUUUGUUGGUUUAUUUUAUUCAUUAAACUGUUCCUGAAAUAAGGCAUGAUGAAGAUCUGAAUCUUUUUUAAAAGAAGAUUUUAACAGAGUAAGAGAGUAACUGAUUUAUUUUCCUUUUUUUUUCCUUUUUUUUUUCAUUUUUAAGGAAUAGAUUAAAAAAAAAAAUGUUUGGAUUUUUUAAGCAUCCCUUCUUAAAAAUCACAAAGACCACAGGGCUCUCUGUUUUUGUUACAAUUUGAUGUUUGUUUAGUUUUAAGUGGGAAGAUCUUGUUUUUUUGUGUGUGUGUAUUUGUACAUAUUUAUAUAUAUAUUUGAAAUAAUCCUGCAUAAGGGUUAAUUUGUUGUUUUCUGCUGAAUAAGUUACCAAAGUACUCCUUGCUCAGCAAUUUCUUCACAGAGCUGUUUUGUCUCCUUUUCCAGAAGUUUUUUGGAAUGCUCUUCAUUUAUGUGCAAAAACUGUGGUCCGUCUUCUACUGUGUUCUCAAAAGUUGUAUUUUUUGCAAGUCUCCAAGUUAGGAAUGCCAUUCUGCAGAUCUUAUUGCAAAAGGCAAAGCACAUUUAAAAUCAAAAGCAUAUUUACUGUUUAUUUAUCUGUGUUUGAAAGAAAAAAAAAUGUGGAUUUGUUUUCCUAUCCUUUAUAAUAAAACAUUUUUUAAAAUUGCA